GGAGACGCGCCCAAGAUGGCGGCCUCCAUGUGCGACGUGUUCUCCUUCUGCGUGGGCGUGGCGGGCCGGGCCCGGGUCGCCGUGGAAGUCCGCUUUGUGAGCAGCGCCAAGGGAAAGGGGCUGUUUGCCACCCAGCUGAUCCGGAAGGGGGAGACCAUCUUCGUAGAACGGCCCCUAGUGGCUGCACAGUUUCUCUGGAAUGCACUUUAUCGCUACCGAGCUUGCGACCACUGCCUUCGGGCACUGGAGAAGGCCGAGGAGAAUGCCCAGAGGCUGACGGGGAAACCAGGCCAGGUGCUGCCUCACCCUGAGCUGUGCACCGUGCGCAAAGACCUCCACCAGAGCUGUCCCCACUGCCAGGUGAUGUACUGCAGUGCAGAAUGUCGGCUGGCAGCUGCUGAGCAGUACCAUCAGGCCCUGUGCCCAGGCCCCUCCCAGGAUGACCCCCUGCAUCCUCUCAAUAAGCUGCAGGAAGCAUGGAGGAGUGUUCACUACCCCCCUGAGACUGCAAGCAUCAUGUUAAUGGCCCGGAUGGUGGCCACAGUGAAACAGGCUAAGGAUAAGGAUCGUUGGAUCAGGCUCUUCUCCCAGUUCUGUAAUAAAACAGCAAAUGAGGAGGAGGAAAUUGUCCACAAACUCCUGGGGGACAAAUUCAAGGGCCAGCUGGAACUUCUGCGGAGACUCUUCACAGAGGCCCUUUAUGAGGAAGCACUCAGCCAGUGGUUCACUCCAGAUGGAUUCCGGUCUCUCUUUGCUCUUGUUGGGACCAAUGGCCAAGGAAUUGGGACCAGCUCCCUGAGCCAGUGGGUCCAUGCCUGUGACGCUCUGGAGCUGAAGCCUCAGGACCGCGAGCAGCUGGAUGCCUUCAUUGACCAGCUGUACAAGGACAUCGAGGCAGCAACUGGCGAGUUCCUUAACUGUGAAGGAUCUGGCCUCUUUGCGCUCCAGAGCUGCUGCAACCACAGCUGUGUCCCCAAUGCAGAGACCUCCUUCCCAGAAAACAACUUCCUUUUGCAUGUCACUGCCCUGGAGGAUAUUAAGCCAGGAGAGGAAAUCUGUAUCAGCUACUUAGACUGCUGUCAGCGGGAGCGCAGCCGCCACAGCCGCCACAAGAUCCUCAGGGAGAACUAUCUGUUUGUCUGUUCCUGCCCCAAAUGCCUGGCAGAGGCUGAUGAACCCAACGUGACCUCAGAGGAGGAGGAGGAUGAAGAGGAGGAGGAAGGAGAACCAGAAGAUGCAGAGUUGGGGGAUGAGAUGACUGAUGUAUGAUGUUGCCCUACCUGGAAGGGGCCCUACCGCAGACCCUGCCAGAAAAGGUGGCCUUCCCGCAGAGAAGAGGCUUGGAAGGAACUCCCCACUCCCGUUGCCUGCUUUCCCCCAAUUCCAGCUAUUUCUGCUGGAGGGUAGGACAGAGGCUGGAUCCUAGGCCCUCCACCCCCCCAGUAGACCUCAUGACCUGGACACUGCUGCUGAGUGGCUCAGGCUCUGCGCUGUCACUGAGCCUCUCAGAACUGGCCUCCCCGCUGGCCUCUGCUCCAGGGUGUGAGCGGCUGGAACCAAGGUCAGGGCCUAACAGUGUUUCUUCCCCUUGGCUCCAUGGCCACGCUUAUCCAUCCACCUGAGGCUUCACCCCUCUCCACUUGCUAGGAGGGGGUAACAAAGUGGCAAUCUGACCUCACUGAAGAAGAAAGGAGAGGGGGUGAGACACCCUCACCUUCCUCCCCACCUCCCUCCCUCAUAGCUGAUAAGGCAACUGUCUGACCACUAGCACAGCUGGGAGAGGCAGGAAGGAAGAACCAGGCCUCCAGAGCAUCUUCCCUAAGGCUCUCCGCCAGAGAACAUGGAACUAGGGGUAUUACCUCCCUCUCCCCACAUCCCUACCCCCAGCACUUGGACAUCGGGGGGAGUGGAGAUUCACGCCUUCCCCAGACUCCAGAAUCUCUGUACUUUGUGCCUUGCCCCUCAGGCGCUGGCACAGUGGCUGGCCCCGUGGGGUACAGAAGAGGCCUCUGCCUCCCUCAGGAGGGUCAUGUGGGGGACCAUCACCUCUUCCUCACAGCCUCUUCCCAUUGAGGAUUGUAGCAGCACAGCUGACACCUGGGGGAUGACAGGCCUAUGCUCCUUAAUGUAGGGUGCUCUGGAGUCUUCCCUGAACCUGUUUAACAUGGGUCAGUGAGGGGCUUUCCUGGCCUCUCCACGUUUGGGGUCUCCACAGAGGAAUGUUGAAGUCUUCCAGAAACCUAGAGGAGCUAUGCUAGAUACUCUGAGAUUAGCCCUGACUUUGUCCCCCUCCCACAGAUUAGCACUACCCCUCACUCUUGGGUUGGAUGCUGUGGGAAUUAUAACCCAUCACUCGCAAUUCCUUUCUGCCUACCUUACCUGAGGGGUCUGCCAUGUCCCUCUGCUGUGGGAUCCCAGGGAGGGUAGGUGCUCACCCCACAGGCGCUUUCCUGGAUCUUGAGCAGGUGGAGUCUGCCGGUCUGGCCUAUUGGGUUCUUACUCCUUCACAGCAGUCAGCAUCCUCCCACCCCUGCCUGUGCACUAUUCUCAAUAAAAUGUGAGUAGUGACAGGC